AUGUCGAGCACAACACCAGAUAUUCCUGUCUUGCUGCUCAAGACAAAGUCCAUUCCGGCUGAUGGAUACCAUGAAAUUUUCGCUGGCUGGAACAACUAUCUACCCACUUUUCUACCCGUCUUGGAACAUCGCUUCAGAGAUAAUGCUUUGACCUGGCUAAAGAACAUAACUUCAGACAGAGGUUUCAGUUCUGAUACUACCACGCCUACCACCUCGAGCUUCGGCGGUAUCAUUUUCACUUCACAGCGUGCAGUCGAGGCUUUUACAGCAAUAGUCGAGUCUCUUGGUCCUAGCACUCGAGACGAACUCCUGCCCGAAGCUCUACCGUUAUAUGUUGUUGGUCCAGCUACUGCCAGAGGACUGCGAUCUUUGAACCUGAAGUGCCAGAUCAUUGGAGAAGAGACUGGCAAUGGCGCCGCCCUAUCCGCAUUCAUGCUGGACCACUACAACCGCCUUCCCAUCAGCCAGACGGUAAGGCAAGACCGCAAGCUUCCUCUUUUGUUUUUGGUAGGAGAAGUACGCAGGGACAUUAUUCCCAAAUCCCUUCAGUCCCCUGAUCUGCCCCAAGGAGCUCGUAUUGGUGUGCACGAAGUUGUCAUCUACGAGACUUGUGAAAUGGCAUCUUUCCACAUUGACUUUGCUCAUGCGCUCGAGGAAAAUGUUGCAUCCGGGACCAAAGAGCAAUGGGUGGUCGUCUUCUCACCUCAAGGAUGCCGCGCAAUGCUCGAUUGCUUAGGAUGGCUCGACGAGUCUGGCCGCUUCAAGGGGCAAGACACAGGCUCAUCACCAAUUACAACAUACAUUGCAACCAUCGGCCCCACAACACGCGACUAUCUGGUCAAAGAGUUCGGGUACGAGCCACAUGUGUGCGCUGAGAAGCCCAGCCCGGAAGGCAUCUAUGCUGCUAUAGAAAAUUAUAGGAGCACGAAUACAAGGAUGCAACCGUAA